AUGGUGGCUCGUACUUCUGCUUUGGCUGACGCUUUGAACGCUAUUAACAACGCUGAAAAAACCGGAAAGCGUCAGGUUUUAAUUAGACCUUCCUCCAAGGUUAUCAUCAAGUUUUUGCAAGUUAUGCAGAAGCAUGGCUACAUUGGUGAAUUUGAAUACAUCGAUGAUCACAGAUCUGGUAAGAUUGUUGUUCAAUUGAACGGUAGAUUAAACAAGUGCGGCGUCAUCUCUCCAAGAUUCAACAUCAAGAUCAACGAGGUCGAAAAGUGGACUGCUAACUUGCUACCAGCUAGGCAGUUUGGUUACGUCAUUUUGACAACUUCUGCUGGAAUUAUGGAUCACGAAGAAGCUCACAGGAAACACGUUGCCGGUAAAGUGUUGGGUUUCGUGUACUGA